AUGUUGCUGCUACAUUUAUGUCAUCCGGAUGAUUAUUACCUGAAGAAAAAGGGUCACAGAGACAGCGGGCUUGACAACGAGGAUGGAAUAGGCCACAGAAACAGUUGGCUUGACAACGAGGAUGGAAUAGGCCACAGAUACAGUGGGCUUGGCAACGAGGAUGGAAUAGGCCACAGAGACAGUUGGCUUGACAACGAGGAUGGCCACAGUGACAGUUGGCUUGACAACGAGGAUGGAAUAGGCCACAGUGACAGUUGGCUUGACAACGAGGAUGGAAUAGAUUACAGAGACAAUGGGCUUGACAACGAGGAUCGUAUAUAUUACAGAGACAGCGGGUUUGACAACGAGGAUGGAAUAGGCCACAGUGACAGUUGGCUUGACAACAAGGAUCCAAUAGGCCACAGAGACAGUUGGCUUGACAACAAGGAUGGAAUAGGCCACAGAGACAGUGGGCUUGACAACGAGGAUGGAAUAGGCCACAGAUACAGCGGGCUUGACAACAAGGAUGGAAUAGGCCACAGAGACAACUGGCUUGACAACGAGGGUGAAAUAGGCCACAGAUACAGCUGGCUUGACAACGAGGAUGGAAUAGGCCACAGUCACAGCUGGCUUGACAACGAGGCUGAAAUAGGCCACAGACAAUUUCGUAAACAUCUAUUCGCAGCUCUUCUGUUAUUUUCCAUCAGAAGCCUCACCUUCAAAUUCUUUGUUUAA